AUGGCCACUUCUCCUUCAUCGCAGCCUCCGCUGCGGCUGCUGCUUCCGGCAAUCUCCGUCCUGCUCCUGUCUUGUAUCUUCUCCUCGAGUGAAUCGGCGACGGUCGGCGUCGGUUCCAUUUCGCGCCUCCUCGAAACUCAGGAUCGCGAGCGAGCUCCUCCUUCGGUACAGGUAGCUGCCGCUCGAGGUGUUCUGCGUCGGCUGCUUCCUUCUCACUCUUCCAGCUUCGACUUUCGAAUUGUCUCCAAGGAGCAAUGUGGAGGCGAGUCCUGCUUCAUUAUCUCGAACCAUCCGAAUUCCGCUGGACCUGGCACUCCAGAGAUACUGAUUUCUGGGGCCACCGGAGUGGAAAUGGUGGCUGGUUUGCAUUGGUAUUUGAAGUACUGGUGUGGCGCGCACUUAUCUUGGGCUAAGACUGGCGGUGACCAACUGAAUUCAGUGCCUCAGCCGGGCUACCUUCCGCGUGUUCAAGAUGAUGGCGUCUUGGUUCAGCGACCAGUUCCAUGGAAUUAUUACCAGAAUGCUGUUAGCUCUAGCUAUACUUUUGCGUGGUGGGACUGGAAAAGAUGGGAGAAAGAAAUUGAUUGGAUGGCUCUCCAAGGCAUCAACCUACCAUUAGCAUUUACUGGCCAAGAAGCUAUUUGGCAAAGAGUUUUCCAGAAGUUCAAUAUCACCAAAGCUGGUUUGGAUGAUUUUUUUGGUGGCCCAGCAUUUCUUGCAUGGUCACGGAUGGCAAAUCUCCAUGGAUGGGGUGGACCACUACCACAAAGUUGGCUGGACCAACAAUUAGUGAUGCAGAAGAAAAUCCUUGAAAGAAUGUAUGAACUUGGAAUGACUCCUGUCCUCCCAGCCUUUUCUGGAAAUGUUCCUGCUGCUUUGAUAGAUCUAUUUCCAUCAGCAAAGAUAAUGCGCUUGGGGAAUUGGUUUUCUGUUGAGAGCAACCCAAAAUGGUGCUGUACAUAUCUUCUUGAUGCAACGGAUCCCUUGUUUGUUGAGAUUGGAAGGGCAUUCAUCGAGGAGCAAAUAGAAGUGUAUGGAAGAACAAGCCACAUAUACAACUGUGACAACUUUGAUGAGAAUACUCCGCCUGUUGAUGACCCUGAGUACAUCUCUUCACUAGGUGCAGCAACCUUUAAGGGAAUGCAAAGUGGGGACAGUGAUGCCGUCUGGCUGAUGCAGGGUUGGCUGUUCGCUUAUGAUCCAUUCUGGAAGCCCCCACAAAUGAAGGCACUUCUACAUUCAGUACCCCUUGGGCGGCUCGUAGUUCUUGAUUUGUAUGCUGAAGUGAAACCUAUAUGGAGUAUUUCAGAGCAAUUCUAUGGUGUUCCUUACAUUUGGUGUAUGCUACAUAACUUUGCUGGAAAUGUAGAGAUGUACGGCCUGUUGGACUCUGUAGCUUCUGGACCAAUUGAAGCUCGUCAAAGUGAAAAUUCAACGAUGGUUGGUGUUGGAAUGUCGAUGGAAGGUAUAGAACAAAAUCCUAUUGUUUACGAUCUCAUGUCUGAAAUGGCAUUUCAGCAUAAAAAGGUUGAUGUGAAGGCUUGGAUUGAUCUAUAUUCUACAAGACGGUAUGGCAAAUCAGUCCCUCUAGUACAAGAUGCAUGGAAUAUAUUAUAUCACACUGUUUACAACUGCACCGAUGGUGCCUAUGACAAAAAUAGGGAUGUAAUCGUGGCAUUUCCUGAUGUGGAUCCAUCCUUCAUCUCGACAUCACUGGAGAGUUACCAGAACAAUGACAAGCCGACACUAAGAAGAUCUAUCUUACAGCAGGAUUCUGGUUCAUACGAGCGGCCCCACCUUUGGUAUACACCUUCAGAAGUUAUAAGUGCCCUGGAACUUUUCAUCAGAUGUGGUGAUGAAUUAUCCGGAAGUAAUACCUACAGGUACGACCUAGUUGACUUGACAAGGCAAGCUUUGGCAAAGUACGCGAAUGAGCUGUUUCUAAAGAUCACGAAAUCCUACAAAUUAAAGGAUUUCAAUGGAGUUGCAUUGCACUCCCGUAAGUUUGUGGGACUUGUGGAAGACCUGGAUUCCCUGUUGUCAUGCCACGAAGGGUUUCUUCUUGGGCCUUGGUUAGAGGAUGCAAAGCAGCUUGCAAUGGACGAAGAACAAGCGAAACAAUUUGAAUGGAAUGCAAGGACUCAAAUAACUAUGUGGUAUGACAACACCGACUACGAAGCAAGCCUUCUUCGCGACUAUGGGAACAAGUACUGGAGUGGGCUCCUGCGAGACUACUACGGGCCACGAGCAGCUAUUUAUUUCAAGUACUUGUUAGAGAGCUUGGAGAACGAGCACAGCUUCCGGUUGAAGGACUGGAGGAGGGAGUGGAUAAAGCUGACGAAUGAGUGGCAGAAUAGCCGGGGUAAGUUCCCCGUCGGAAGUAAUGGAGAUGCUGUCUACUUGUCGCGGCGGCUUUACGAGAAGUACCUGAAGAAUCACUCCGGCGGUGUGGCACUGUGA